UAGAAUUCCAUAAAAUUCCACAUAUAAUAUCAUAAAUUCCAUACAAUUCUAUAAAAGUCUAUUCAAGUCCAUAGAAUUCUGUGAUUCCAUAAAAUUCCACAGAAUAUCAUUAAUUCAAUACUCCGUGUAAUUCCAUAAAAAAUCAUAAAAUCUAUAAAAAUUCAUCUAUUCAUCAAUCUAUAAUAAUGAUUUAAAACCAUUCAAAUUCGAGUAAAUUCCCUAUCUAGGACUAAAAGAUAAUAAAAGUGCAAAAGUAGGACUCCAAAGUUCCGUAGAGUAACAUAGGAGUAAAAAUACAUGUGUGGACAUAUAUACCCUUAAUGAACGUACACCCUAAUUGAUUUCUAAAAAAUACUCCGUAGAAUAAUAAUUUAAUGCAAGCUGUAAUCCACUGAUCCGCUCUCCUCUCACACAACCAACGCCAGGAGAUAGACUCCAGGGGACGCCGACACCAACCACCGCCUAGACAAGUUGCCGCCGCCGUCAAUCUCCGCCUCCGUCAAACGCCACAACCAUCAAUCGCCGCUGCAGCCGCGGCCGGCGUUGACACAACAAGAUGCCACCACUAUUUCUGUCACCUCCAUUGCGCCGGAGCCACCUUUGAUCUCACCGUUCCACCAUAGUCCAUCUCAAAUCUGAAAAGAAGUCGGUUAAAAAUCAGUUCGCAUGGAGAAGCAUGGCGACGAUCCAACCCCGGACUGCUGUGAAUCUCCAUUGAAAAGGUUCAAGACGAACGUCCCACCUAUCCCUAAGACCUUUCCCUUACAUUGUGGGGAUCAGAAACCCGCUGAAGAUAGUCCCAAAUAUGGGGAGGAAAAACUCAGCGAUGGAAGCAGCAACGUCACCGUAAGCCAUGUGCCCGAUCUAGAAUCUGUGGAGGAAAAACUGAGUGAUGGAAGCAGGGACAGCAGAGUAGGGGAGAUGUUAAAUCCAGAAUCCGGGGAGGACAAAUUGAGCGAUGGAAGCAGCAACAGCGCCAUUGGGAGAGUGGAAGAAGAGGAUAUGAGUGCGGAUGAAAGCUCUAUGGGCGACGACUAUGACGAACAAGGUGAGGUGUCCAGUGAUAGCAGCGAUGUAAGAAUGGAGAUCGAUGAUGACGUAACAUCUGAUGACAGUACCGCCACCCAUGAUAGUGAUGAUGCCUGUGCCGGAAGCCCUAGUGACUAUAAAAGUAUAAAACAAUGGAAGCAAGUGAAGAAGUACAACAAAAUUAUAAUGGAAACAGAUGGUUUUGGCGACAUCACAGUGAACCCCAGAGGGGGAAUUCCUGGCGUAAUUGUGUCUCUUAACCUGAAGGGAGGGCCCUCUCGUAGAUUGGUAAAAUGCACCAAAAUGGCUAUUGACAAGUACAAUGCUGAAAAUGAUGCAAAUCUGGAACUUGACGCUAUUGAGAAGGCAAACUUUGGAUAUGGUUCUGGCUAUGUAUAUUACAUAACAUUCAGAGCUAGAGACACAGUUACUGCAAAGGUUAAUCUAUAUCAAGCCAGAACUUUGUACCACCUCAAUGGGCGUGAUCAUUUGGUGAGGCUUGUUAGGUUGGCACCUGAACAGAUGGAAGGGUUAAGCACGUGAUAUGUUCGUGCCCAGGACACACUGUUGUAUUAUUUAUUACAUUGGUUAAGGAGUAUCUCUUUGUGUUGUGCAUUUAAAUGCUUGCUGUAUGUCUUUUUUGCAUAGCAGUUUCAUUUUACAUAGUAUUAGCAGGCUACCUAUUAUUUAUGUGUUUGUCAGUUUGUAAUGGCUCCCUGCCGCCUAUGAAAUUGCAUUGUUGUAAUCGCUAAAAGAAAGGUCAACUUUCAUUUUAUUUAAAUCAUCCACCCUCCUAGUUGACUACAGUGUUUUGCUGCUGAUUUUGAUUGCUUGAAAUCCUAACAGUUUGAUUGAUAUUUUGAUCUAUCAGAGU